GCUAGCCAAGUGAUUCAUGAGAAAGGAACAUGGGAGGAACAGAUUGAACCAUACCGGAGUGACAAUGCCAAGCUAGUGAAAGAAAACAAUGAGUUACAUCUUCAGCUGAUCAAACUGAAGGAAGAUCUCGACUCAACCAGCAAGAAUCUUAAGUCUACGAUUCGCAAGCUGGAGCACGAAAAUGCGGAUCUUAGAUUCCUCAACACUCAAUACGUUCAUAAAGUACGCGCCACAGAGAAAGAGUCAAAACAAAAGUCGGACCGAAUCGCUCAGCUUCAGGAGAAAAACUUCAAGGCAGUUGUGCAAACACCAGGAGGAAGGAAGAAGAACAUUCCAUUCAGACGCCAACGUAUGGACAUUGAUUCUACAGUGGUGCCUUCACAAGAGACACGCGCCCCCUCUGUUCCGUCAGUUUCUGACCCUUAUGUAGCUGAUCUAUUACACGUUGCAGAUAGUAAAAUUGAUGAACUGCAGAGGGAGGUUGACCGAUUACGGGAACUGAAUGAAUCAUAUGAAAAAGCAAUUCGUAGCCUAAGGAAACAGGUUGACAGCCGUGACCAAGAAAUUAGUCGUCUUGGGCGACAGCUAGAGGGUGGCCGGCCAUACGAUGUAGUCUCCAUGGAGGCUAAGAGCAAAGGCAAUGAUCGUUUGGUCUCGCAUCUCAAUAUCCAGAUUGACUAUCUACAAGAAGCCAAUCGCGAUCUUGAGAAGCGCCUGAAAGAGUCUCUUCUGAACAAAGAGGAUGCCAUGGCCAGAGCUGAUGAACUGAGUCUGAAGAACCAGGAACUUGUGGCAGAGCUGCAGGAUAUUGAUCUUCUAACCAAGAGACUGCAGUCAGAUAAGGAUGUCGCGAUCGCAGCGGCAGAUCAGGAUGUCUCAGAGGCUAAGGUUGAACUACGACAUACCAUCCGCGAGUUAGAGUCUGUGGAAUUAGAUAUGAAACAAAUGAGACAGGAGCGGAAAAAUAUAAUAGCUGAUGUAGAUCGUCUGACAGAGGAUCAAAGAAUUAAAGAUGCUGAAUUGUUAGACUUGCAAGAAAUUAUGCACAAAGUACAAGAAGAUAAAAGGAAGCUAAGUGAUCGUGUUAACAAACUAACAGCAAAUGAACGUGAGCUUGUAUUAGAAUUGGAGCGUCUACGGACGAAAGGCAGUAAGGUGCGGCGCGAUAAGUCUCCAAGUAAAAUGGACAGUUAUAUCAAAUCUAUAGAAGAUGAGCGAGAUUACCUGAAAGAGGAGGUUGAUGUUUUGAAUAAGCUGAUGAAGAAUAAAUCAAUUAUAUCCACCCCAGCUAGUAGUCCGUUGCGAGGUGGGCGGCCAACUAGUCCCUUUAAAUCAGGUAGCCAAAAGUCAUCUCAUCUAGAGGCCAUUGUUCGAGUUCUAGAAGAUGAGCGAGAUUUCUACAAGAAGGAAUAUGAGAUUAUGAAAGCUCUACGUAUCAGUGCUGGAAGUCCAUCAAGAAAAACGAGGACGCCACCAACAAGGGAAAAAAGCCGUUUUGAUGAAACUGAGAUUUUCAGGUUAAGAAAAGAGCGAGACGAGCUUCAAACUGUCUUGGAUAAGUUUGAGCGACAUUUGGCAGAGAUUCAAAGUAACGUGAAAGUAUUAACAUCUGAUCGAGAUAAGACCAAGCUCCUUUAUGAUCAGGCAAAUGAUGAGCUACAGAGGCUGCGAAGGGAGAUGGUAAAGUCGCCCAAAUCCUCACGGGCAUCUCUUGCGGCACAGUCCAUUCUAAAACGGGUAGAAAUUGAAAGAGACACAGCCAUAUCAGACCUCAGGAGAAUGACUACAGAGAGAGAUAGUCUAAGAGAAAGGUUAAAGAUUGCAACAGACAGUAAUCUUACUGAUAAAGCAAGAAGUGAACAGAAGAUAGAAGAUUUAGAAACAGCUUAUCAAAGGGCUGAUCAGGAGCGGUGUUCGUUACAAAGUCGAGUGACCUCGAUGAGGAACAUGAUCAAUACGUUGGAAGAUCAAAUCAAAGCGCAAGCACUUAGGGUGGAGGAGACCAACGACGAAGCAUCUCAGCAACGUGCAACUGCAACUCAAAUGAGAUUAGUAGCUGAACACGCCGAACAGACAGUUGGCGACCAUCAACGGAAACUGGUCCAGAAACAUGGUGAACUAAAUGAAGCCCUCACUGUCAGAAAUAGACUAGAAGAGAGAAUAGGUGACUUGAACAAAAAUAACGCAAUGUUGCGAGAUGAGGUCAACAAGCUGAGAUUAACCAUCGGCACGGUGGAUCGUGAGAAAGACAGUCUCCAGAUGACAGUAGAUGAAAAAACGGAGAAGGUAGCUAGUCUGGAACAAGAGCUAAACGACAGACAAAGAGUCAGUAAUGAUCUUAGAGUAACAAUUGCAGAUCUAGAAGCUAGAUUGGAAAAAACAAAUGAUGACCUGUCCAGUCGUGAUCGUGAAGUUCGAAGUUUAAGGCGGCAGUUGGACGGAACAAAAGACGAACUCUCUGAUACAAAUCAUGGUCGUGAUGUAGCUGUCGUAGAAAACAGACGACUACAAGAAGAUUUAUCGACAAUGACCAGAGAGAACCAGGCUUUGAAUAGUGAAAUAGAGGAAGCCAUCGAGGAGAGAGAAACGUUAAAAUCUCAAAUUCAAGAGUAUAUAGGUGAGGUAUCAAGGAUGGAAGACUUACUGGCAGCAAAGGAGCGUGAAAACGUUGAUCUCCUCAGCAAUUACCGUGCAGUGUCUACCGAAGCGCAUCGCUGGGAGAGCGAGGCGGUUCAGCAGGCGGACGAGACAACCAACGCGAAAGUAGAACUGCUUACCAAACAGACAGAACUACAGAGAGUCAGUGAUAGAAUACAUAUGCUUGAACUAGAAUUGCAAGAAAAACAGAAAUCUCAACAAUCAUAUGAGAUCCAGGUGUCAAAUUUAACCAAAUCGCUUGCCAACAUGGAGGACGACUUGCGGCAACUGCAGGAAGAGAAGCAAGCCGUCUUGCAGGAUUUAUCAGCGGUACGAGAACUGUGUAUGAAACUGGACACCACAAAAGAAUCAUUGUCUAGACAGCUGACUGCUAGCAAUAUACAGAAGGAACAGGUUGAAAGUCUCCUUGAAGAUGUAAAGAAAGAAGCUGACCUCCUUCAUAGCCAAAUCUCAACUGAGAAGUCAUCCUCAAGGAACUUGGAAAGCCUACUCCAAGCCAACCGGGAAAAGGAAUUCCAACACCAGUUGGAGAGCCAAGAGCAGAGAUCUGAGUUACAAAUCCUUAAGGAUCGUCUGGCAUUAGCAGAUAGCAAAAUUCAAAGCCAAACAAGAGAGAUUCAAAACCUGCGUUCUCGAACAAGCCAAAUGGAAUCAGAGAGUGAGAGGAUGAGGCGGCAGCUAACCAGUGAAAGAUUUGACAAGGAAAGAAUAGCACAAGAGCUGCGUAGAAGUACAUUAUCACCCAGCCCAGGGUCUAGAUCGGUUGAUAGGAAGUCGGUGUCCCCCGAAAAGAGUGGUUUAUUCUCUCCCAUCUCAAAGUCUAUUUCCUCUCCAACACGUCCACGCUCUCCGACACGAACAAAGUCUCCCACACGUACGAGGUCACCCACACGUACACGAUCACCUGAUUGGAGAUGAAUAUUUUGAUGUUUGACCUUUGUCCUUUAUACUGUAUUGAGCUGCCAACUAGGAAGUGUGUUCCAAGUGAAAAGCCGGUUAAAGCAGAACUUCUAAAGUACCCUGCCAGAUCUAGAUACAAAACGAAGAAGAAAACGCCAACCUCACGAUAACGUCAAUAAUAAUUUUAUUUUGUAAUAACUAUAAAACAAAAAAAAAAUAUCUUGUUUUCCAAUAAAAAUUAAAUAACGAUUGAACAGUAUUUUUUGUAAUGAUAUUAAAGAAUGAUAAUGGAAGUUUUAAUUUGGUUAAUUAUGAAAUUAAAAUGAAAUUUAUCAUGGUUUAAUAAUAUUAUAGUAUGUAAUUUGUGGCUCACUAAAAGAAUGACACAGUUCUAGCGUUUUUGCAAUAUUAAUUUCCCACCUUAUUUUUAAAGUAACUUAAAUUUACCUUCUAAAUACUGUAUGUGACUGGCUCUAGCAAAUCCAGCUGUUUGUAGGAAUAAUGCAAAAUGGAGUUUUUAGAUUCAUCAUGAAUUCUUCUUUAAACUAUGUUUAUUUGAUGAACAUUAGUUGAGUAUUAGCAAAGUUAUGAAUAUUUAAUUCAUUGAAUAUCAACCAUGUAGGUUUUCAGAAAACAGCUUUCUAAGAUUCUAAAUUCAGUAGUAGAUUUGUAUUUUGAAAUUUUUUCUAAUUUAUACUUUUGAGUUAUAUUUAGUUACUGAUAUUUUGCAGAAAUGUUCUUCAAUAUAACUUCUUGUAUAAAAUGCAAAAACUUUAAAAUGCCAGCUUCAAAAAAUUUCGAUUCUUGAACGUUUUGGUUUAUUUGUCGAAAAUUAAAAAUUGCUACAAAUGGUAGGUUUUGCCAGAGUUGGUCACAUAUAUCCAUGGUGCCAGUAGUAAUUAAGCUAUUUCUUUAAUGAUUUACUUUUCAAUAUUUUUUUUUUAGAUUCAUAUUAUUUUUUGUUUAAUUCAAUUAUGCUAAUUAUGAUUUAAACUGAUUCAAGAUAGGAAUUAUUGAUGCUAUGAAGCAACCAAAAAUGAAAUGAUGUAUGACGGGAACUUUGUUUUGUAAACAAUUUCCAUCUUUCGCUGUGUAGUAUUUUCAAUUUCUCUUUGAAUGAAGUGUUUCUAUUGAUGCAAGUUUAAUAAAGUUUUACUAUAAAAUAAGUGAA